UUUUCCUAUAUUAUUUGUUAGUAGGAGAAGUUUCAGACGAAACAAGAAAAUCUUCAGAAAAUGAGUUGUUUCUCGUGCUUCUCUUCAAAAGUUCUGGACAAUGAAGGUUCUUCGAUGCCUGCUCCUUAUAAGCAACCAAACUCACCUAAGAGAACAACAGGAGAAGUGGUAGCUAAGAACGCAAACGGGCCAUCAAACAACAUGGGGGCACGGAUUUUCUCGUUCCGUGAGUUAGCCACCGCGACAAGGAAUUUUCGACAAGAGUGCCUCAUUGGUGAAGGCGGGUUCGGGCGGGUUUACAAAGGAAAGCUCGAGAAUCCGGCACAGGUCGUGGCAGUGAAACAACUUGAUAGGAAUGGAUUACAAGGACAAAGAGAGUUCUUGGUCGAGGCACAACCGAUAUUUAGAGAUCCGACUAGAUAUUGGCAGCUAGCUGAUCCACUGCUUCGAGGUGACUACCCGGAAAAGAGUUUUAACCAAGCUAUAGCUGUAGCGGCAAUGUGCCUGCAUGAAGAACCUACGGUUAGACCACUAAUGAGCGACGUUAUCACAGCCUUGAGCUUUCUUGGUGCAUCCUCAAACUCCUCCAAUACCGGCCCUAACCAUUUGCUACAAAAUCGAUCCAAGAAAGAUCAGGAUGCAAUUCAGUGGGACUCAAGUCCUACUAGAUAAGUUAAUUCGCAAAUGUAGACAUUUAUAUAUUAAGAUGACCCAACAACUCACAACUUAUGUUUCUUCCAUUUAUUUUACUUUUGGGUUAUAAAUUCCUCCAUAAUUAAUGAAUUUAUUUAAAAUUG